CGGUGUUUACAGCGCUGCGGUGCGGUGCGGUGCGGAGCGGUGCGGCUUGGUGUUGCUGAAGGGUGGCCGCGGCUCGCGUUGCGUUGUCGUUCAUGUCUCUUCACCUCUUCACCGUCUCUACUCACUUGGCUGUGUGCAAAGGAGAUGUAUUUGCCCUAGCCGAGUCCUGUCACUGAAAACAGAACACACGCACCGAGGAGAUUCCCCGCUCGGUUUUUUUUGAAAGCAGAAAAAUAAACAAAGAACAAGAAGAAAAAAAGUCGAAUCGUCGCCUUGAACCGAACAAAAGGAAAAGAAGAAAAGUCCGUCUGGUUUUGUUUCUAGGCCCAGUGAACAAAACCAAAGUAAAAACAGAAAGAAAUCGUCCAAAACAGUGAUUAGUUUCCUUUGAUUCGACGUUUUUUUUGGUUUUUUUGGGGGAAAAAAAAGUCGGAUUGAAGAAAAACAAAGAUCGUUUUCACCUUUCUGUUUGAGACGGCUGAUGAGUCCUGGGGAAGAUUUGAUCAAAAUGAAAACUGAAAUCACAACUGCCGUGGGCUUUAUCACCAGACUGCUGAGGACGACAGGGCUCAUUUCUGACGAGCGGCUCCAACAUUUCAGCGAGUCCUUGGAGAAAUCUUUGGCAGAACACUACCGGCACCAUUGGUUCCCCCACAUGCCCUGUAGAGGAUCGGGAUAUCGAUGCAUUAGGAUCAAUCACAAAAUGGAUCCUCUGAUAGCAAGGGCGUCCAAUAUUAUCGGGCUCAGCAGUCAACAACUUUUUCAACUUUUGCCAAGCGAAUUGACUCUGUGGGUCGACCCGUUUGAGGUGUCCUACCGAAUAGGUGAAGACGGCUCCAUUUGUGUUCUUUAUGAAAAUGUACCUAGCAGCGCGAUAUCCCCCUUGGAUAGUAUAAUAAGUUGCAAGGAUGAAUUUAGAAUUGGCAGAUCGAGUCCCUCUAAGAGUUACAUGAUGACUGUCUCAAGUUAAUAAUUAAUUUACACUUACAACUGUUAUUGUACAGUAUGCAGGCUCUUUUUGAUAAUGUAGUGAAAUGUUCAUUCCCGAGUUAACUUUUAGUGCGACUGCCAAAACCUUUGUUUGAUGUGGCCAGUGGCUAUAUGCAAAAACUGUUUCUGCACCACAUUAAAUUCCUGGAUUGUAUAUUGUAAAAACAUGUACAGUCAAUGGGUAAUUGUGUUUUACAAAUUUAUAUUUUAAAAUAAGCCAUGGCUGUUUGUAAUAAAACAUCAAAAUGAACCCAUAUGAUGCGUUUAGGAUGUCUUUUAAUGACUUUGAACGGCUUUGAUAAAAUAUCUGCACUGUCUUUGAAUUGAUGCUUAAAACAUUGCAUUUUUUAAACUGGUCACCACAGAUGUGAUCUUUGAACUUAGAGUGAUUAUAUGUGGCCCACUUAACAAUUGCAUGAUAUGGUUUACUGAGUUUGACGUUCCUUUUAUUUCUCAUUUAGGUAUGUUGCAGGAACAGUACUGUACUUUUUUUCUUUGAUAAUAAAGUACUU